AGUAAAAUGAAUUAUUUACUUCUAAAAUUAAUCUGAAAUGUCUACUUUUGUUCUCUUGUUUCUAUAUAGUUUUCACCAUUUUUAUUGUUUAGGUCUACCAGUAGAAUUUCUUGGAGAUCUACCAAUUGAGAAUCCUGAUUUAUUUGGUGGCGAUAUUCUUGGCAUAGAAAAUAAAGAAGAUAAGAAUGCUGUCAUCAAAAAAAUUCAACUUUGGCCGAAAGGAGUUGUUCCGUAUAAGAAGGACCCAGGUUUACACUCCACUAUUGAAAAUUAUGUUUUACAAGCAUCUUUUGGACAUUAUAAAAAACACACCUGCAUCAACUUUGUGCUUUGGACUAAUGAGACUGAUUACAUUUAUCUUUUUCCUGGUGACGGGUGUUAUUCUUAUGUCGGAAAAGUUGGAGGAAAACAACCAGUAUCACUUGGCCGCGGGUGCGGAUGGUCCGGAACAAUUAUUCAUGAACUAGGACAUGCAAUAGGAUUUUACCACGAACAAAAUCGUUCUGAUAGAGAUGAUUAUUUGACAAUAAUAUGGGGAAAUAUUCCAAAUGGGAUGGAAGAUCAAUUCUUUAAAUUGAAGUCUUACGAAAAUCGAUUGCUGUCAUCUUUCGACUAUGAUUCAAUUAUGCUGUAUGGGUCUUACGCUUUCACCAAAGACCGGAAAUCCAAUCUAAAAACAAUGACCGGAAUCAAUGGACGGUUUCUAACUGAUGUUGUGUCGAAAACUCAAAUGAGCAAAAGUGACAUUCGGCGAGUCAACAGACUCUACGAUUGUUAAUUUUAAAACAAUAUUUUAAUAAAAUGCACAAUUUACUAAUG